GUUUUUCACCGCAGCUAUGUGUCAAAGGGCGAUUAACAUUCGCUGAACAAAAUCCCGUCCCGGGCCAUUUGGGAGUUGCACGCGUUCACACCCUGGGCUCAGCCCGGUGCGCCUUCACGCGCAGCCUUUUUGUUUAUGCGGCUGACUGGAGAUAGGGGCGGAGAGGGAGCGAACCUCUCAAUGUGCGGCAGGUUGCAAGGACUAUAUAAAGCUCGGGUCUUGGAUCUACUGGAACGGGCCAAGAUUGCCCGCGAGCAGGCAGCGGCCUUCCGCCCAGCUCCGCGGCGCCAUGGAGACCGCUGGGAGCGCAGAGGACGCUGAGAGCAGAGCUGCGGCGCGCGCAGCCCCCGACGGUCCGGCGCGGCGCUGGGACGCGGACUCCGGCUCCGCAGGCUUCUGGAGACCCUGGGUGGACGCCCGAGGCAAGAAAGAGGAGGAGACGCGGAACCACGCCGCGGAGGCGAUGUCCAAUGGUUCUGGAAUGAUAGCAGGCUCAGGAAAGCUUUCCCAGUUCAGACACCCAGUCAGACUAUUUUGGCCAAAAUCAAAGUGUUAUGAUUACUUAUAUCAAGAAGCAGAAGCUCUUCUGAAAAAUUUUCCAAUUCAAGCCACAAUUUCAUUUUAUGAAGAUUCUGAUAGUGAAGAUGAAAUUGCAGAGCUGACCUGUGAAAAUUAAUCUGAUUAGCUACUUUUGAUUACAUCCAAAUCUUGUAGGUUUUAAAUUUAGUGUACAAAUGUAACAUAAUUAUUUUUACUAAUUUAUUUGUAUAUAAAUUAUUAAUAAAAUGAAAUAUUUUGUAAUUA